AUGUCCAGCUCCACUCCGCCACAAUGUCUCGUCCGUGGGUCUAUCAAUAUCGACGAAUUCUUCCAUCUCCCCCAUAUCGUCCGACCAGGAGAGACCAUCUCCUCGUCCAAACUCUCUCGGGGAGCGGGCGGUAAGGGAGCGAAUCAAGCGAAUGCUGUGGCCAGGGCGGGAGGGAAUGUAGUUAUGGAUGGGUGCAUAGGGGAAGAUGGGAUUUGGGUCCGGGAUGGGCUGGAGCGCGCUGGGGUGGAUGUCGGGCGGGUCAUGGUGGUACAGGAGCAGAUGACGGGAAGAGCUAUCAUACAGCUAGCCGAGGAUGGCGAGAACAGUAUCGUACUCCAUAAAGGCGCCAAUUAUCACACACCCCCAAGUGACACGUCCCCAUCAUUAUCCGGCAUCACCCACCUCCUCCUCCAAAACGAGAUCCCCCUCCCUUCUACCCUCGCCUACCUCCGCGCAGCCCACUCCGGCGGCGUGACAUCCAUCUUCAACCCCUCCCCUAUGCUUUCCGGAGAAAAGCUGCGGCAGUUCCCAUGGGCCUGUCUGAGCUGGUUGAUCGUCAAUGAAGGGGAGUUGACGGAUCUUUUAAAGGAGACCGGUCUUGCUGUGCCAUCAACAACGGGUAGUGCGCCGGCGUCAGCUCCGACGACAACUCCCGAGGCGCCGAUCGCAUCCGCCGCACGAGCCGAGAUGCUCUUGUUCCGCCGAUCCAACGCGGACUUGGGGCUGAUAUGUACCCUCGGAGCAAGGGGGAUCCUGUACCUCCCCGCUGGAUCCCAGACGGUGGGGUACCUCCCAGCUGCGACGGUGGUGAAUGGGGUAGUGGAUACCACAGGAGCUGGGGACUGUUUUGCGGGAUACUUUGCGGCGGGGUUGAUGAGGGACGAGGAUCUAGAAACGACACUGAGGACUUGUCUGACGGCUUGCGCGAUGUGCGUCGAGAAGGCCGGGGCUAUGGAGAGUGUUCCAUCUCGUGCUAAGGUGGAGGCGCGGAUAGCAUGA